AUGUAUUUUUAUUUUUUUUAGGCAAUCCUGUUUUAUACGCCGAGGUGGUUAUGGAAGUCUUGGGAAGGAGGAAAAAUUCACGCUCUCAUGAUGGAUUUAGAUAUUGGAAUUUGCUCCGAUAUCGAAAAGAAGCAAAAGAAAAAGUUAAUGUUGGACUAUCUUUGGGAAAAUUUAAGAUACCACAACUGGUGGGCGUAUAAAUACUAUUUAUGUGAAUUCCUAGCCUUUAUUAAUGUUAUUGGGCAAAUGUUUCUCAUGAAUCGGUUCUUCGAUGGAGCAUUCCUCACAUUCGGAAUAGACGUAUUAAACUUCAUGGAUAGCGAUGAAGAGGAUCGGGUCGAUCCGAUGAUACUCAUAUUCCCGAGAAUGACAAAAUGUACAUUUUAUAAAUACGGUGUUUCCGGCGAAGUGGAAAAGCACGAUGCGAUCUGCAUUUUACCGUUAAACGUAGUGAACGAAAAAAUUUACGUAUUUCUUUGGUUCUGGUUUAUAAUACUCGCUUGCUUAACGUUUGCCACUAUAAUUUAUAGAAUAAUUAUUAUAUUUUCUCCGAGAAUGAGGGUGUACUUGUUAAGGAUACGCUAUAGGCUUAUUAGAAAGGAUGCUAUAGAUUUGAUUGUAAGACGAAGUAAAAUGGGCGAUUGGUUUCUAUUCUACAUGUUAGGUGAGAAUGUCGAUUCUGUAAUAUUUCGUGAUGUUAUGCAAGAAUUAGCGAAUAGACUUUUGAAACAUAAUUUUCAUCAUAUGGGUGGAUUUAAAAGUGAUAUCCAAGACGCCUAGUGCCUUUUUAUACUGUGUUCAUGUAGAAAGAUGUUUUCCUCCGACCAAUAAAAUAUCUUUACUUAUGAUUAUUAUCGUGAGGCUGACGGCCAAGAAUAGGAAUUCAAUAUUCGAAUUACACCAAGCUUUAAAAAGUUUGAUAUAAUUAGAUUAGGUUUUUUAUAUUUUCA